GACCAUGCCCAAGAAGGGAGGGAAGCAUGCUGAGGUGGGGAUGGAAAUGCAGGUGCAGUCCAAACGAGCAAAGGUGGAAGCAGCUUGUUUGCCAUCAGUCAUGGAUUUUGAGAACCCAGACAGCCUCUUCGCAAGCCUGAUCUCUCCCAUCAAACCAGAGGAGUUUUUCAAGGAGUACUGGGAGGAAAAGCCGCUGCUUGUUCAGAGAAACGAUCCCCUACUGGCUGCUUACUACCAGUCUCUCUUCCAGCUGUCAGAUCUGAAGGAGCUGUGCAGCCAAGGGCUGUACUAUGGGCGUGAUAUAAAUAUCUGCAGAUGUGUAAAUGGAAAAAAGAAGGUUUUAAAUAAAGAAGGCAGAGUGAAUUACGCACAGCUGAAGAGGGACUUUGACCAGAAAAAGGCAACCAUACAGUUCCAUCAGCCUCAGAGGUUUAAGGAGGAGCUGUGGAAGAUUCAAGAGAAGCUGGAGUGCUACUUUGGGUCUCUGGUUGGAUCAAAUGUCUAUAUUACUCCACAGGGGUCCCAGGGCCUUCCCCCUCACUACGAUGAUGUUGAGGUGUUCAUCCUCCAGCUGGAAGGCGAGAAGCAUUGGCGGCUCUAUAAACCAACGGUGCACUUAGCUCGGGAGUAUAACGUGGAAUCUGAAGAUAGGAUUGGGAAUCCCACGCAUGAGUUUGUGUUAAAGCCGGGCGACUUACUGUACUUCCCAAGAGGGACAAUUCACCAAGCUGACACACCUCCUGGUGUAUCUCAUUCUACACACGUGACCAUCAGUACCUACCAAAACAACUCCUGGGGAGACUUCUUAUUGGAUGCAAUUCCUGGCCUUGUAUUCAAUACUGCAAAAGAGGAUGUGGCCUUGAGGACAAGCAUCCCAAGGAGACUGCUUAUGCAGGUGGAUAUGGCAGACUCAACAAAAAAACUGAGUAGCAUUCUGAGAAUGCUUGCAGACCGUCUGGAGAACAGCAGAGAGCUGAGAUCAUCUGACAUGAGGAAGGAUUUCAUUAUGAACCGUUUGCCACCUUGCUUGGGAUGUGAUGCUGACUCUUUAACUCCAGGUGGAAAACUGCCAAGAUUAGACAGCAAAAUCAAACUGCAGUUCAGGGAUCAUGCUGUAAUUACAGUGGAGCCAGAUCAAGCAAAUUCUGAUGAAAUUCGCAAGGAAAUGGUGUAUGUCUAUCAUUCCUUAAAGAACAGGAGAGAAACUCACAUGAUGGGGACAGAUGAUGAUGAUACUGCUAGCGAAGAAGGUGCAGCACAGCCAACUCCUCAUGGACUGCGCUUUCCUCUGUCACACCUGGAUGCACUGAAGCAGAUUUGGAGUGGCAGCACUGUCUGCGUGAAGGAGCUCAAACUUACCUCAGCUGAAGAGAAGGAAAACCUGGCCUUGGCACUGUGGACUGAAUGUCUAAUAGAAGUUUUUUGAUGCUUUCGUGAAUUAGCUCCUUAUGGAAUCUCUUAAGUGAAAGGUUCAUUCAAUUAAUUUUAUUUUUUGCAUCCUACCUUAGUUUGUACUGCCAACGGUGUGUUGCAAUAUAAAUAUACUUUGCUACUGCCUGUUGCUGAAUGUCCUUCUAGUUCCCUUAUGCCAUGGGUAAGUGGGUGUCUCAGCAACAGGUGAGCUGCUCAGAAAUGUAACAGUGGAACAGCUUAUCUUGCCUUUAAUUGCCAGAUUAGUGCUACUCCUAGAAAAAGGAUCUUCACAUCUCUCAAGUGGAUUCUGAUGGGAGUGUUGCAGAUAUUUGGAUAGUCUAAGAUCUGUAUUUAAUGAGCAGCCCCACACAGCAUCGUGUCUUACUGAAUAUAUGUACUUAUUUCCUUGUUUAGGCCAUUUGAAAAAAAAAAUUCUUUACAGGAACGUACUUGGUAUCUGCUAACAAAGAAGAAACAGACAAGCAAAAAAUUCCUUCUAAAAACUUUUAUACAGUUAAAAUAUACAUGCUUGGCAUUUUGCGUGGAA